AUGACGGCUGCUGACUAUCCAGCGUUUGGGAGAGAUGAAGAAGCGGUGCUGCUCCUCGAGAGGACCCAUCACCGGCACGAUCCGCGUUGGCUGUUGCCGGUGUCCCCUCAUGUCUGCCUGGCCUGCGUACUGGAGCUGCUGCCGGAGCCCAGCGUGUCGUUGGUGCGCAAGAAGCACGUGGUGUUCUGCUUCCAAGAUGCUCUCGUGAGACACACCUCCUUGGUCACACAGCUGGUAGCUCAGGACCAGAGAGUCUGCAUCCGUUUGGUACGCGUACUUUUUGGGCUGAUGAACAGCGUGGAAGAUGGGAGCGUAGCAGACCUCUGUACUGAAGUUCUUAUCCAGCUCACCACCCAGCUGAAGCUGGAGCAGGUCAUCCACUGCCUGGUGAGCGAGUGCUACAGAGAGCUGUGUUGCAUGCCCUCCAUGGGAGGCAGCCUGGCCAUCAUGACUCUUCUCGGCAAGCUGGUGGAUGCCGUUUCUGGUUUGGCGGAUGAGCUUGUAAUGGAGCACGGCACGUUGAUGGAGCAUCUGCUGAGGGGCUUGGUUUACCCCAAUGAGGCAGUGCAGGCCUCCGUCUGCUACCUUUAUGGGAAGCUCUACUCCUCGCCGACGGCAGCUGAGAUGCUUGCAGGCCAUUUCCGGGAGAAGCUGUGUCCCCUCUUCCUUUCCACCCUGGACAAUGCCCAGACAAAGGACCUACAGUUCAACUGUCUGGGUUUGCUAAGGCAGCUGCUGAAGUAUGAUCUCUUUGUGUCCGUGAUCAUGAGCAAGUCUGUGCUGCUCGAGAGUGCCAAGGGUGUUGAGCGGCCAUUGAGAGAGACCUCGCUGCCUUUGGUGCUCAAGAAGUUUCUCCUCUCCAGAGACGAGAUCCUGCAGGUGGCCAGUUCCCACUGUAUAACUGCGGUGCUGGUCCACUCCCCGGCAAAGCAUGCUGCUGCCUUCAUUCAUGCUGACAUCCCAGAGUUCCUCUUCGAGCAUCUUUCGGCUUCCAGCGAAGUGCUGGUCUGGUCCAGCUACAACUGCUUGAUCCUCCUGGCAGAAGAACCGCUCUUCUUUUCCAAGUGCCACACAGUGUAUGGGAUUGAGGCAGUGGUCAGGAGCCUCCAGGGAAGCCUGCAGAUGACCAACACAGAACUGCAUAAGCAGGGCUUGCUGCUCUUCGCUGAAAUUCUGACUCGGCAGCCAGAAGAGAUCAGGCUGUUCACAAGCUCAGCCAUGUGCAGAGAUGCCAGCCGUGCCCUCCAGGAGGCGGUGAGCAGUCCGGUGGUAGAUGUGGCCACUGAAGCACUGAGGGCCAUUUCGGCUUUUCUGAGGAAGGACCAUCAGAGCUCUCUACCUGUGCAAUACAGAGCCCUUCGGGCCUUGCUUGAAGCCAUGCUGAGUCGAUGCAUGGAGUUUUCCCAGACCCCGCUGAACAGGAGGCCCCUGGGCCAUGCUUGCAGGUAGAAACUCAGAGAAGGCAUUCUUCGAAUGGGGAAAUUCCUCCUGAGCACUCGAGGGUUCAGGAAUGCCUGCAGGUUGGCUGUGGAAUUCCAAGGCGAGCCUUCCACUCAGGAGAAUCCUCACAGCUCCAGGUGCAGAGAGGAAGACACCUUGGAGGCCUUCUCAGAAUUUCUUCUCAGUGCCUGUGACUCCAGUUGCAUCCCUAUGGUGAUGAGAUACUCGGAGGAGGCCAUGCAUCCAAGCCUGAUGGAAGUUUUCCUCUCAGUUCUGCACAGCCUCUUUGUCAUCGUUCCCCACAUGAAGGUGAAGUUCUCCAGGAAGCUUGUUCCCUGAAGCUGACUCAUCAUCAUACGGCUGACCCUGGAGCUGAAGGCCAAGUUCUGCAAUGGCCAGAGUCACUCAUCCCUCAAUCAGGUGUGUUCCAGUUUCCUCUACUACAUGUGCCUCAAUCUGCUCUCAGCUCCAGAGAAGACAGAACCCUCCUCCCAAGAAGACUCAGCGCAAGUGUCUGAGUUCCUAGGCAGCAAUGGACUGCCCCAGAGAAGCAGGCAGGACCCGAGGAAAGCCUUGCUUUCCUGGUCAAGUCGCCAGUAUGUGGAGGCCGCUGCACGCCAGAGACAAUACUGCAUCCUGCUCCCUCUUCUACCGGCUCAUAUCCACCGCAACAGGUUUGUUCCGGAGGCAGAGUUAUUCGUGGCUGUGCAGAGCUUCCUUUUGUCUCUGCAGGACCAGGGCGAGUGCCCUCCGCCAGCGGCCUGCAAAGCCUCCCUCUACCUGCUGGCCGUGUGCCAGGACAGGGACGGCGCACUGAGAGAGACUGUGAUCAGUGCAAUCAGGAAAUUCCUAGAAGGCAUCUCAGACCUGCGCCUUGUCUACACCCAUCACCCGCUGCUGCUCAGGCUCUUCCUGGUCUACCCAGAGCUGAUGAGCAGGUUCGGGUAUCGUGUCCUGGAACUUUGGUUUUCUUGGGAAGAGUGCAACUAUGAGAACCUAGAUCACGACUCGUCUCCUGGAUGUGCCAUCCUUCCUGCCAGCUUAGCAGCCCUGUUCCAGAUGCUCAGAAGCACGCCUAGUGUCCUACUCAUUUUGCUGGACCUCGUCUAUUCCAGCCCCGUGGACACAGCCCACAAGGUCCUGGUUGUCCUGGGGACCUUCAUCCGGGAGAAUGAAGACAUUGAGGUGGGUGGUCUCAUCCGAGGCCACUUCCUGCUCAUCCUGCAGCGCCUGCUGGUGGAGUACGGAGCCUCCACCCCAGGAGCUUCAGGGAACCUGCCUCUGCUGCUGAACCUCCUCUCCUUGGUGCAGCUCAGGAGUGAGUCGGAGCAAGAACUGGACAGCAUGGCCAUGAAGCUGCUUCAUCAAGUCAGCAAGCUGUGUGGGAAGUGCAGCCCUGUGGAUGUGGACAUCCUGCAGCCCUCCUUCAACUUCUUGUACUGGAGUCUCCAUCGAACCACACCCAGUAGCCAGAAAAGAGCUGCUGCUGUACUGCUGAGCUGCACAGCCUUGGUUGAGCUUCUGGAGAAGAUGCUGGCCCUCACCUGGACAGAAGCAGGCUCUCCCAGGACUCCACUGCUCUGCUCUGCCUGGCUGCUCACUGCCUCCUUCUCUGCCCAGCAGCACGAUGGUCAUUUGCAGGUCCAUCAGACGUUAUCUGUGGAACUAAGCCAAAUACUGAAGACUCUGAGCUUUCCAAAGAAAACGUCUGCACUGCUGUCAGCUGCCAUCCUGCGAUUCCUGCGGACAGCCCUGAAGCAAAGAUUUUCUUCUGCCUUGGUGGCCAUGGUGCCCUCAGGGGGCCAACCACUGCCAACUCCUGAGGACACUGUCCUAGCUCCACUGGAAACAUCACAGGUGCUGUCCCUGCACAUCGGGCUUCAGAACCUCCUGGUGCAGAAAGAUCCUCUGUUGUCGCAAGCCUGUGUUGGCUGUCUGGAAGCCUUGCUGGACUACUUGCAUGCCAGGAGCCCAGACAUUGCACUCCAUGUGGCCUCCCAGCCCUGGAAUCGGUUUUUGCUGUUCACCCUCUUGGAUGCUGGAAAUAAUUCCUUCCUUAGACCUGAGAUACUGAGACUUAUGACCAUGUUUGUGCAGUACCGGAGCAACAACAUCCUCUCUCGUGAAGAGGUGGGUCUUAUUUUGCAAGGUGCAGCACUGGCUGACCUGUCAACUCUCCCAAAUGAUACACUCCAGGCUCUACGUGGCUUCUUCCUGCAGGCCCAGAGUGCGGGUCUCCUGACUGACCACAACAAAAUCCAGACCUUGCAGGCCUCCUUGGAGAAACUUUGUUCCAGGACCUUCGCAGCCCAGCCAGCCCUUCAAGACAUGCUCUGCCUUGGAGGUGUGUCUGUUUCCCUGUCCCACAUCAGAGACUGA